UGGGUGUGAAGGGAGCUGAGAAUGGGGGGAGUGUGGCUGGGAGAAGCGGGCAGCCAGGGCCUGUGAGGGCGAGCUGGUAAAGAGAGGAGUCCGUGGAAGGAGGUCCAAGUGGAGGGGAGACAGGCUGCUGUGUGAUGGGCAGGGCCUUGGACCUUCUGGGAGGCGCAGGAGAUGAGGGGACUGCACAGGUGACAAGGAUCUGGUGGGUGGAGUUUGAUGCACUUUGAUGCAAAGCCCAGGGCCUUGCUGCCGCCAUGACGGAGGAGUCGGAGGAGACGGUCCUGUACAUUGAGCACCGCUAUGUCUGCUCUGAGUGCAACCAGCUCUACGGAUCCCUGGAGGAGGUGCUCGUGCACCAGAACUCGCAUGUGCCCCAGCAGCACUUUGAGCUGGUGGGCGUCGCCGACCCUGGAGUCACCGUGGCCACAGAGGCAGCUUCGGGCACAGGCUUGUAUCAGACCCUGGUGCAGGAGAGCCAGUACCAAUGCCUGGAGUGUGGGCAGCUGCUGAUGUCACCCAGCCAGCUCCUGGAGCACCAGGAGCUGCACCUGAAGAUGAUGGCCCCCCAGGAGGCGGUGCCAGCCGAGCCGCCGCCCAAAGCACCCACCUUGAGCUCCAGCACCAUCCAUUAUGAGUGUGUGGAUUGCAAGGCCCUCUUUGCCAGCCAGGAGCUCUGGCUGAGCCACCGGCAGACACAUCUCCGGGCCACGCCCACCAAAGCUCCCGCGCCAGUUGUCCUGGGAUCCCCUGUUGUCCUAGGCCCUCCCGUGGGCCAGGCCCGCGUGGCUGUGGAGCAUUCGUACCGAAAGGCCGAAGAGGGUGGGGAAGGUGCAGCAGUGCCGUCCGCGGCUGCCACCAGCACGGAGGUGGUGACGGAGGUGGAGCUGCUGCUCUACAAGUGCUCCGAGUGCUCCCAGCUCUUCCAGCUGCCAGCCGACUUCCUGGAGCACCAGGCCACCCACUUCCCUGCGUCUGCGCCAGCGUCCGAGGAGCCCGCCUUGCAGCAGGAGGCCCUGGCCCCAUCCCCUGCAGAGGUGCCUGUGUCUCAGCCAGAGCCCCUGCCGGCCUCAGACCACAGUUACGAGCUGCGCAAUGGUGAAGCCGUGGGGCGCGAUCGCCGUGGGCGUAGGGCCCGGAGGAACAACAGCGGAGAGGCGAGCGGGGCAGCCUCCCAGGAGCUCCUCUGCUCUGCCUGUGACCAGCUCUUCCUCUCCCCCCACCAGUUACAGCAGCACCUGCGCAGCCACAGGGAGGGCGUCUUCAAGUGCCCCCUCUGCAGUCGUGUCUUCCCCAGCCCUUCCAACCUGGACCAGCACCUUGGAGACCACAGCAGCGAGUCCCACUUCCUGUGUGUAGACUGUGGCCUGGCCUUUGGCACAGAGGCCCUCCUCCUGGCCCAUCGGCGGGCCCACACCCCAAAUCCUUUGCAUUCGUGUCCAUGUGGGAAAACCUUUGUCAACCUCACCAAGUUCCUUUAUCACCGGCGUACCCACGGGGCCGGGGGUGUCCCUCUGCCCACGACGCCGGUCCCACCAGAGGAGCCUGUCAUCAGUUUCCCCGAGCCAGCCCCAGCAGAGACUGGAGAGUCGGAGGCCCCGGAGCCCCCUGUGUCUGAGGAGAGCUCAGCAGAGCCCACUGCCCCAGGCACCUACCGCUGCCUCCUGUGCAGCCGUGAGUUCGGCAAGGCAUUGCAGCUGACCCGGCACCAGCGUUUUGUGCACCGGCUAGAGCGGCGCCAUAAAUGCAGCAUUUGUGGCAAGAUGUUCAAGAAGAAGUCUCACGUGCGUAACCACCUGCGCACGCACACAGGGGAGCGGCCCUUCCCCUGCCCUGACUGCUCCAAGCCCUUCAACUCGCCUGCCAACCUGGCUCGCCACCGGCUCACGCACACGGGAGAGCGCCCCUACCGCUGCGGGGACUGUGGCAAGGCGUUCACGCAGAGCUCCACGCUGAGGCAGCAUCGCCUGGUGCACGCCCAGCACUUCCCCUACCGCUGCCAGGAGUGCGGGGUGCGCUUCCACCGCCCCUACCGCCUGCUGAUGCACCGCUACCACCACACAGGCGAGUACCCCUACAAGUGCCGGGAGUGCCCCCGUUCCUUCCUGCUGCGCCGGCUGCUGGAGGUGCACCAGCUCGUGGCCCACGCUGGGCGCCAGCCCCACCGCUGCGCUUCCUGUGGGGCUGCCUUCCCGUCUUCCCUGCGGCUCCGUGAGCAUCGCUGUGCUGCCGCCGCCGCCCAGGCCCCACGGCGCUUUGAGUGCGGCACCUGUGGCAAGAAAGUGGGCUCAGCGGCUCGGCUGCAGGCACACGAGGCAGCCCAUGCGGCCGCUGGGCCUGGAGAGGUCCUGGCUAAGGAGCCCCCGGCCCCUCGGGCCCCACGGGCCUCUCGUACACCACUUACAGCCUCGCCAGCGGCCCUUGCAGGCGCUGCCCCCGCGGCCCCCACGGCCCCAGCCCCUGCCCGACGCCGGGGGCUGGAAUGCAGUGAGUGCAAGAAGCUGUUCAGCACAGAGACCUCCCUGCAGGUCCACCGGCGCAUCCACACUGGCGAGCGGCCGUACCCGUGUCCAGACUGUGGCAAGGCUUUCCGCCAGAGCACCCACCUGAAAGACCACCGGCGCCUGCACACAGGCGAGCGGCCCUUUGCCUGCGAGGUGUGUGGCAAGGCCUUCGCCAUCUCCAUGCGCCUCGCGGAGCAUCGCCGCAUCCACACAGGUGAGCGGCCUUACUCCUGCCCUGACUGUGGCAAGAGCUACCGCUCCUUCUCCAACCUCUGGAAGCACCGCAAGACCCACCAGCAGCAGCACCAGGCCGCCGUGCGGCAGCAGCUGGCAGAGGCAGAGGCCGCCGUUGGCCUGGCUGUGAUGGAGACGGCGGUGGAGGCCCUGCCCCUGGUGGAGGCCAUCGAGAUCUACCCUCUGGCGGAGGCCGAGGGUGUGCAGAUCAGUGGGUGACUUGCCGAAGGCCCUCCAAUGCCCCGACCUCCUACAUACUGUGCCCCAGCCCUCUCCCCUCCCUGCUGCCAUGUACGUUCUGUCACUGAAUUUAUUUUCUCCUCUUGGGGGUGCUCUGGGGUUCUUGAUAUGCGUAAAGGUGCCCCCCACACCUACUAGCACUGGUGGGUGACUCCAGAGUGAAAUAGUCUAAUAAAGACCGAGUUGAA